AUGACAACCCUAGCCACUACCUCUAAUCCUCCAAAGGAGAAUCCGAUCACUUUUCAGUACCCUACACUCACCUCUACGAAUUACACUACCUGGUCUAUUAAGAUGGAAGCGAUUUUGGAUGCCCAAGGAUUAUGGGAUUCAAUCGAGCCGCAAACCGGUGUGGUUCCUGAUGAAAAGAAAAGUAAACAGGCUCGAGCUUUCAUUUUUCAGGCGAUACCAGAAGAGAUUUUGAUGCAGGUUGCGAAGAAGAAGACUGCCAAGGAGGUUUGGGAGUCUUUAAAAACGAGAUUUGUAGGAGCUGAAAGGGUGCAGAAGGCCAGAUUGCAUACGCUGAAAAGUGAAUUUGAAGCUUUACGUAUGAAGGACGGUGAGACCAUCGAUGAGUAUGCAGGAAAGCUCUCCGGGAUGAUAUCGAAAUAUAAUAGUGUUGGUGCAACACUUUCAGAUAAGGAUUUGGUUAGUAAGUUGUUAGACACGGCAACAGAGAAGUUUAUACACCUUGUAGCCUCAAUGGAGCAAUACUCGGACAUUGAAACGAUGCCAUUUGAAGAGGCUAUAGGACGUUUAAAGGCAUAUGAGGACCGGCUGAGAUUGAGAAAAGGAAACGUUACUGGAGAAAGUACUCUGUUACUUACCAAGACAGAUGUGCAGGCAAGUAAUAAAGGAUCGGGUAGAUCAAGUUCAGAAGGAAAUCGAGGCCGCGGUUGGAAUAGUGACAGAGGUGGUAGAAGCGGGUCACGAGGUGGUCGUGGUUCCGGUAGAGGUCGGGGUGGUCGAAAUGGAGAAUGA